GACCUCGGCAUCGGUGCCUAUCGGACGGAUGAGGGGAAGCCAUGGGUACUGCCCGUCGUCCGGAAGGCUGUGCUCGAGAUACUGACGGAUGAGUCACUGGAUUACGAAUAUUUGGGUCAAUUAGGGGACGACUCGUUCGCCUCUUCGGCCGCCGGACUCCUGUUGGGAGACAACUGCAGGGCUAUCGACGAGCGCCGGGCGUUUGGCAUCCAAUGCCUGUCCGGAACGGGCGCUCUUAGGAUUGGCGCUGAGUUCCUGAGUCGGAGCGCCGGCUUUACCACCGUUUAUGUGUCGGACCCCUCAUGGACCAAUCACCGGUCAGUAUUGGAGAGCGUAGGCCUCAAUGUGUGCGCAUACAGGUAUUGGGACGCCGGCGCCCGUCGGCUUGACUUUGACGGUCUAAUAGAGGACUUACGGGCGGCACCGGUAGACUCCAUUGUAAUAUUGCAGGCGUGCGCUCAUAACCCGACGGGUGUCGACCCAACUGGCGAUCAAUGGCUGACGAUAGCGGAGGUGAUGCGAGAGCGCCGGUUGUUUCCAUUUUUCGACUGCGCCUACCAGGGCUUGGCAUCUGGCGAUGUGGACAGGGAUGCACUCAGUGUCCGAACAUUUGUAGACAUGGAGUUUGAGAUGAUAUGCGCCCAGAGUUUCGCCAAAAACUUCGGUCUUUAUAAUGAGCGCAUCGGUAGCCUAACGGUGGUCCUGAAGAGCUGUGAACCGGCGGUGAACGUGAGGUCACAGAUCACUCGAUUGGUUCGCGAGAACUACAGCAACCCUCCAGUCCAUGGGUCGCGCAUUGUAACCAAAGUACUGACUGACCCUACACUCAGACAGGAAUGGGAAGAAUGCAUUCAAGUAAUGGCGAGUCGUAUGCGAGCCAUGCGAUCGGCGCUGAGGGAAGGUAUCGAGCGAUCGGGAACUCCAGGCCAGUGGUCGCACAUCACAGAACAGUGCGGUAUGUUUUGCUACACAGGUUUAGGGGAACGGCAGGUUCAGCAUCUCUUAGACCGUUACCACAUAUACGCGCCCAAAGAUGGGAGAAUCAGUUUGUGUGGACUCAACACUACGAAUGUUGAAUACGUGGCCAAAGCUAUCAGCGAUUGUGUCCAUCAAAGUGACCACUGA